AUCCAGCGUUUAUCUCCACACGCGACGUUGCCGCGUCGGGGUUCGGACUUAUCCGCCGGUUUGGACUUGUCGUCGGCCGCCAAUCUGACGAUUGCCGCCGGGGACCGCGCUCUGGUACCGACCGACUUGGCCGUGGCGUGUCCGCCCGGAACCUACGGACGCGUGGCUCCGCGAUCCGGGCUUGCGCUCAAGAAAGGCAUCGAUGUUGGUGCCGGGGUCAUUGAUGCGGACUACCGGGGCCCGCUCGGGGUGAUUCUCUUCAACUGGGGUCGGGAGGAUUUUGAAAUUCGACAGGGAGAUCGCGUGGCGCAGCUGAUUCUCGAAUCCAUCGUGUUGCCGGAUGUUGUGGAAGUCCAAGGUGAACUGGAUGCCACGGAACGGGGUGUGGGUGGGUUCGGGUCCACGGGAGUG